AUGAGAAGAAAGAGAAGUAAUGGUAGCCACAGCUCACACAGCAAUAGUAGAGGUCGAACCAAAACUACCGAACUGAUAAUCAACAAUGCUACAGACGAACCAUUUCCACAAUUGGGAGGAAAAUCUAAAACAGUAACGAAGGAGAAAUUAAAGCCUUGCAAGUCAUCAGAUCAAACGCCGCUGAGAUCAAGGACCAAUUCUGUUUUCAGUUUUAUAUUUGAUAAAAUUUCAGUUCAUCAUCCACGCAAAGAUGGAUUAAAAGGGUUUUCAUUAUACAAAUUAUUGAUGUUAGAGCUAAAUUUGAAUCCCAAUGAUCCAGUAACACCGGAAAAAACUACUAAUUCAAUGAAUGAUAAUCAUUUUGAAGAAUUACAAAACAUGAUAAAAAUCCCGUUUUGUCUUGAAAAAUUCAUGAUAUUUGGGCUUUUAGUAUGUUUAAACUCAUUUUUAUCAUUGUUUACAUUGGCACCUUUGAAGGUUCUCAUUAUAACAUUCCAAUCAGCAUACCGGUUCUUCACGACUCAACAGAAUUUUCAGUUUUGUCGCUUCAGACUAAUAAAAAAAGAUGUUAUUACUUUAAGCAUAAUAAUUUUAUCCAUAGUCGUAUUGUCAAAUCGAAAAUUGGACAUUUCUCGAAUGUACCAUGAUGUACGAGGUCAGACUGAUAUAAAAUUAUACGUAAUGUUUGGAGUUCUCGAGUGUGCAGAGAAGCUCUGUUCCUCGAUUGGUCAAGAUAUCUUGAAUGUUUUGUAUGAAUCAUCACCCAACAGAAACAUUUAUCGGUUUGCAUCCUUCUAUUUAUUGUCAACCUUCUAUUUGUCGUUUCAUGCAUAUAUUUUGAUUUACCAAACAGUUUCUUUGAACGUGGCAGCUAACUCAUACUCAAAUGCUCUAAUGACGUUGUUAUUGUCAAACCAGUUUGCCGAAUUAAAGAGUUCUGUUUUCAAGAAGUUUGAGCGUGAAGGUUUAUUCCAAAUAACUAUGGCGGAUUUGUCAGAGCGAUUCCAAUUGUCUCUAAUGUUAGGAAUUAUUGCGCUAAAGAACUUGCUUCAACUAAGUGUUACUGGCGGUUUAAUACCUAAUAGUUGGAAAAGUUGGAACCGUUGGGUCGGUGCUGUUUUUGGACCCAGUGUAGUGGUUAUUGGGUCUGAAAUAUUUGUUGAUUGGAUAAAGCAUUGUUUCAUUGCCAAGUUUAAUAAGAUCCGUCCUAAAGUUUACAAAAAUUUUUUGUAUGUUCUGUGUUUGGAUUUUUUGGAGGUGUUUAAAGCUAACACCAAAAGCGGGAAUCCAUCUCACGAAUUUACUGAUUACAUUGUGUUGACUAGAAGGAUUGGGUUGCCAUUACUAGCAUCUGUGGUCUGUUUCUUGAGAAUGAUUCUAGCCGACUUGAAACAUAUUUUUGUUUUUCCUGUAGUAAAUUCAAACCUUUAUGCCAUAAUUACUAGCGGGUUAUUGAUCGUGGUUACAUUCCUUACCUUAUUACUAAUAAGAGUGAUCCUUUGUAUGUUGAUUUUUAAAAUAGCCAAUGUCUUGGUUACUCAACACAAGCAGCAUCAAGAAAAAUUGAGAAAGAAGCUAAAUGAUGCUCGCAACGUUGCUGCUACAAGGGACUAUUUUAUGGAAGGAACACCCUCUCCACCAGAAAAUACAACCAAUAAUACUAGUAUUGACAUUAAUGACAGUACAAUGGAGACAUAUCAGUCUUCACCACUUGGGUUAUCGUUUCUUCCUGGCUCACCAAACACCGAACCUUCGACAAUAAACCCAACAACGAGAGCUAAAUUAUAUGAUGCUGAUGAAAAGAUUCCACCCACAGUUGAAGAAAAACGAAAUAAACAGUUGCUUGGAGGAGUGUUAAAUGAGGACUCAUGGUGUAGUGAUAGUGGUGACGAAGGCUUGUCACAAGUUAUGAGAUACAAAAUGUCUAGUAAAAGAAUUUGGUAA